UUCCUUGUGCUUCUGUAGCAGUGAGUUAGCAACCGAGUGUGGCUUCAAUAAGAGGCUACAGGCGGCGGCGGCUACAAUAACAACGGAUGUUUUCAAUUAUAAUUCAGGAGCAAUUUAUAUUUAGGGCCUACUAACCUAAACAUAAAUUGAUGCUGUUUUAUAUCACGAUACGACAGCUUCUAGACAACAGUCAGCAGUAAAACGACUCUGGCAGUGUAACCACGGCAACCGUCUUCAACGUUAGUUUACAAUGGAAGACGAUCAAGCAGAAAUAAAAGAACGGAAUCAUGCCUCGACUGCGUCCCUUGAGAGUAAUGAAAGUACCAACAGUGGUCGAUUCUUCGACAGACCUACAGAAGUAAAAUAUGACGGGGAUGAGUUUUUGAUGAUGCCUCCAGAAGAAAAACUCAAACACUUUAGCUGUCGAGCUCAGUUGAACGAGGACAACCAGAAGUUUGAUGCAUGCAUCCGGGACUUGGUGCGAUGUGUGGCUCUGACCCAACUUGUGUGUGGGGAGAAACAGUUAAAACUCGCACAGGCUCAUGCCAGGCUGGCUAAAGCAUACUUUCAAUUCAAAGGUUGGGGACUACAAGCCCUGGAGCACUUGGCAGUUGCCAAAGAGUUGCUUCUUUUUCGCUCCUCCGUCUCGGCCUACAGCGAAGAUGAAAAGCUUGAGGUCCUCGCAUGCCGUCUAAGUGUGCACCUCACAAAGGGAGGGGCUUCACUUCUUACAGACAAUUUGGAGGAGGCAGUCUCAUCUUUCCAGGAGGCAGAUAAAGUUCUGAUGGAGCUUUAUCAACAUGGUGUUAUGAACCUGGAAGAGAAGAUAGAGGCUCAGCUGGACAUCACCAGUGGUCUACGCAGGGUUUAUGCCAGGCAAAAUCGACCAGAGGAGGCAUUAAGCCAGUGUGAGAAGUCUUUGGACCUGCUGAAGAAUUGCAAUAAGCAUGAGAGGAUGUGUGCUGUUUAUAAAGACAUGGCUACCAUCGAACAGGAUAGAGAUCACUUGGACAAAGCCAUAGACUAUCUCUCUAAGGCUCAUACCAUAGCUGUGAGUCACAGUCCAGAGGGUCUGGAGGGAGCUCAGAUCUCCCACAGCCUGGCCAUGAUCCUUUCUGCUGCACCAGACCAACAUCACAGUGAAACUGCGCGUCACUAUUUUGAGCGAAGUCUACGUGCAUACAGGAACUCUGUGGGUCCACUUGAUCCAGCUUUUCUUGCUGCCCAGGAUGACUUCUGUCGAUAUCUCUUGAUUAAUGGACAACAGGAGAAAUGUGUGGAGAUCCAGAGAGCCUCCCUUGAGUCUAAAAUCUCUACAUUUGGUGACCUGAGCUCUGAGGUAGCAGAGACUCUUCAGUUGAUCGGAAGUGUGGAAAUGACUGAGGGCAGGGUGAACCAAGCCCACAGGACCAUGACAAAGUGCUUGGAUAUACACAACAUGCUGUACGGUCCUCAGCACAAGAAAUCCAAAGCAGUCCAAAAAGCUGUGAACAUGUUGUCAAGGGCACCUGAAGUGGUUAAGAGACAACAGCAAAGAAGAAGACAAACAAAAUUAGACACAUUUCCAGUAAUACCAUCCAGUGGUGAAAAUGAUAACUCUACAUUUGAUGCUUGACAUCUCAUUCUUCUCCACUUCUUUACCUUUUUACAAGGUUAAAAUGGUACCCCUAAAGGUUUGAGCCAGUAGAUAAUACCAUUUUUUGUAUUUUGUUAAUUAAGAUUUAAUUUGCUAUUAUUAUGUAAGCAAUUAGUUUGUCUAGCCUACUAUGUGAAUUUACUGAAAAACAAUACACACAAAACAUUCCAACAAUAGAUAUAUUUUAAUAUUGUUAAGAUAUUCAUCAAUGAAAUGCAGAAAGCCCCAUCAGCCAAAGCAGUUGUGUCAUCUGUUUAUCAGAAAUCAAUAAAAUGAAAUACAUAUCA